AUGGCGGCGCAAGAUACAGACAACCCGGCUGCCCCGGCAAUCGCAGCUUUCACGACGCUACUCGAAGGCUUUCUUUCACAAGCGGAAACGGCAAAAUCAUCAUCAACGGUUGAUCCAGCUUUACGCAAGUCCGAUUUCGACGACCUUUCAGGACGAGUAUCCAGAACCGCAGCCGAUGUUUCCGGCCAGGCAAACGGAGAGGCCAAGUCAGCGAGCGACAAGGCACGCCAGUUUGCUAUAAUAGAAACUGCGGCCCGUAACAUCUUCAGUCAUCUCAUUGCGACAACCACUAUCGAUUCUCCCGACUACGUGAAAGUGUGGAAUCUCCUCGAUGUUCUUUCUCUUCUUUCAGAUGAUGGAGAAUGUGAUCCUGCGCUUUUGUUCUGGCUAGCUGAGGAACUCUUGGACAGCCAGACCAUCGCUGGGUGUCGCAAGAUCUUCGACUUCUUAGAAUCGAGACGAGAACGGAUCACAGCGAACCAUUUCAAGCAAAAACAAUUAAUCAUUCUUCGAACAUGCAACGAAUUGCUACGACGGCUAUCCCGUGCGGAGGAUACCGCUUUCUGUGGCCGGGUCUUUAUUUUCAUGUUCCAGAGCUUUCCGCUGGGUGACAAGAGCUCUGUGAAUCUCCGAGGCGAAUUCCAUGUCGAAAAUGUCACGACAUACGAAACAGUGCCGGCUGAUGAUGACUCGAAAAUGGCUGUUGAUGAACCGGAAGAACCUUCGAAAGAGCAGCCUGAGUCGAAAUCCACACCCAAGUCAGCCGAUGUCAAAAAGGGGGACAAAGACAAACCUUUGUCGACUGACGAGUUAUACCCGUUGUUUUGGUCCCUGCAAGAGUACUUCAGCCAGCCCAAAAGGCUCUUCGAAACAGCGAACCUGUCCUCUUUUAAAGAGAGUCUGGCUGCUACCAUGAGCGUUUUUCAAACAGUUCACAACGAUGCCAGACGAAGCCUCAAGCGGAAACGAGAGACUGGCGAGGAAGAUGAGAGUUCCAAUGCAUUCAACCCCAAAUAUCUCACCAGUAAAGAUUUGUUCGACCUAGAGAUCAGUGAUCUCUCAUUCCGACGACAUAUCCUUGUGCAAGCCCUCAUUGUUAUGGACUUUCUUAUCUCCCUAUCUGCUCAAGCUCGGGAGAGACUUACAGAGGCCCUACCAGCCACGGCUAACAUCAACAAAUCUGUCAUGUACAGUGACCAAAUUUUAAGUGAAGACGAUGCAAAAUGGGCCAAUGACAUGAAGAAGACCAUCGCAGAUUAUCUCCGUCAAGGCGUUGACGGACCAUACUUUUAUCGAAUGGUGGAAACCGUGCUGGCUAGGGACAAGAACUGGGUUCGCUGGAAGAUCGAAGGUUGUCAGCCCAUCAAACGAGACCCCGUUUCUCCAGUAACAUUCCUUGAGGCAAAGAGCAACGUCCAACGAAUGGCCACCAACAAGCGACUAAGAGCUGUCCCUAUGGGCUCUGUGUCCCUAGAGUUUCUCAAAGAAGAGGACGAGGAGACAGCUAUGGAUCGACUCAAGGUCAAGGAGAGGCAUGAGCUUCCAGAGCUCGACACUUUCAAGCGCAAGAUUGCCGAUGACGACUUCGAGAUUGAGAUGCCCACCAAUGAUCAAACAAAAGCCGCUGCCAUCGCCGGCAAGGCUAGCAAAAGCUGGCGGGCACUACGAAUCGCAGCAAGGACAAAGCUCGCCGCUUUCGAUAAGAUCGAAGAUCCUAAGAAGAUUGACAUCGUGUUCGAAGAGCUAAUAGAAACGGACGAUGCUGAAGAAGCUACCGAGCCUACAGCCAGCGACGAAGACAUGCCAGCUGAACGAGGUCCAAUAAUCAUUUCGGGCCUUACAGGCGUAGGGAAGUCGACCAUUAUCAACAUGCUGGCGGAGGAGCGAAAGGGAGUGUUCGCUACUGUCGUUAGGCACACCACACGAGAACCUCUUGAAGGUGAAGUCAAUGGCAAGACUUUCCACUUCGUCAAGCAACAAGAAUUCAACCAACUACGUGACGGAGAUCGUUUGAUGGAAUCAGGUACCCGCGGUGGCGUUGAUUACGGAACUAGUUUCAAGGCUGUCGAGGCCGUCACAGAGAUGGGUAAAGUGCCUAUAAUUGAGCUCGAUAUUGAGGCGGCACAGUAUGCCAAAGACAUGGAUUUCGAAGCACGAUACGUGCUCAUCAACACUUCCACCCCUGAAACACUCGAGCAGCGGCUCAAGGCUUCGGGCAAGGAGGACUCUGCCGUUCAAGAGAUUCUAAAGAAAUCACCUACAGAGCUUGAGCCAGCAAAGGUAAACGGACUCUUCAACACGACUGUAGUCGACGACGAUGACGUUGCAGCCGUCAAGGAUCUUGGGGACUACAUCUAUGGGAAGAGUCAAGAUAAAUCUCUUGGUGAGCAAGACUCAGGGGACGAUGCAGUUAUGAAGGACAGCGAGGCCACUAAAGACGUCGAGGACGUUGAGGCCAAGGGCGAGGCUACGAUGACGGACGCAUAA